AUGGAGAGUCCGGAUCAUUCCAGCAGUACCCGACAGUUCAAGCGCAGCUAUGUCGCAUGCGUCUCGUGCCGAGCCCGUAAAUCAAGGUGCAUCAUCAAAGACAACCCUCCCUGCGCUAAAUGUGCCAGGGAACAUCGCGAGUGUCGGUUUGAUCGCCGACCCAGGGCCCCCAAGCAUCGCGAUGCCCCGAAAUGGACUCGUGGCAAUGCCGUGGACGCUGCGCCCGCAUCUCAAAACCUUCAGGCGGCGAAUCCCUCCCCCUCGGAAGAUCUUGGCUUUAAUUCGUCGCCAAAUAACACGAAUCAUCCACUGUACAAUCGGGUGCAGUCGACGAUAGUCACUGGAACUAAUGAUGCCCUGGACUUUCUGUCAAGCGCUGCAGGACAGCAUAGCAUUGCUGGUUCAGCACCAUCUCAAGGGCAUCCUUCAGUGACUAAUGUUCCGUCUGAUGGCCCCAAAGUCGUAUCGGGUGGAUCUAAUGGAGUCGGAUUUACCAUCACAGCCCUUUCAGAACCAGAUGAUGCUUGUCUGGAUAUGUGGGACAAAUGUCGCUUCGUCCGUCAGGGCUGGUUUACGGCCCAAGAGGCUGUCACCUACAUCGACCUUUUCUUCGAAAAGCUUGCUCCACUAUCCCCUGUAGUGCUUGAUCAAUUCCGCAGCCAUGCAUCUCACGAACAUCUCGUUUAUAGGGAAGCCAUGCUAUGCUGCACACUCCUCAUGAUAGCAUCUCGAUUCUUCACACUACCAGGUGCAGGCGGUACUUCUAGAAGCCACUACGUUCACCAGCGUCUUUGGAAUCAUUGUGAAGUCCUUAUCCGACGCAUUGUGCUAGGACAAGAGAAAACAUCAACAUCCCAAACAAGAACAAUCGGCACAAUAGAGAGUCUAGUCUUGAUAUCCGAUUGGCACCCUCGUGCACUACAUUUACCUCCAGAGACAGAUGGCUGGGAUGGUCUUCUCGUAACACCUGGGUAUGAUCGAGUCAAUCGGAAGCAUAUCAACAACGAAGUUCCUCUUAUUCGUUGGCGAGAAGAUGUCUUUGAACCAGCUAAGAGGGCGAACAGAAUGUCAUGGAUGCUUCUCGGUAUGGCUAAUAAUCUUGCCUACGAACUUGGGAUCUUCUCGGGCCAUUACAGCGACGCAAGCCAGGCUACCAAUGGUGAAGUACUUCGUGGCCGUCGAGCUCAAAAGCUCCUCUACAAUUAUUUGACGCAGACCGCCACUAGACUUGGCUAUCCUUCUGUAUUUCCAGAGGGCAUAUCUGUAAUUGCAUCUCGCCUGUCCAUGCCAGAUACGAGUGAACCAAUUGACCAGUCCUGGAUAUCUUAUAUGGACCUCAGUUUAGAGCUUACCCAACUGUCGCGUACAGCAUCUUCGAUGUUCUUUCAUUCGGCAACCCAUCUUCAAACACAAGUACUCGGAGAUCACUAUGUGGAUCUCCUUGAACACUUUUCUUUAUCUCUGUCAAAAUGGCAGGAGAAGUUUGACGCCAUGAGCCAAGACAUCGCCUCACCUCUCAGAGAUACCCUGUCGGUCGAGUUCCAUCACCUCAAAGCAUGUACAGGUGCCAUCUCCAUACAAGCUGUAGUAGCAAGAGCCUCCUCCGCCGGCUUCACAGCCGCCAGCACGAACCCUGACGAAGCAUUAUCAGCAUUCAUAACCCCGAAAGACGCCAAAUUCUUACAAGACGUCAUCUCUGACACCAAAAGGGUUUUACAAAUCGCAACAAUGAGUAAUUUCAAGAGCCAUCUCCCUUACGCCCCAGCUCGUGUCAAGAUUAGCGUCAUUAGUUCAUCUGUAUUUCUGCUCAAGGCUCUCAGCGUUGGCUCCACCCAUACAGACGUGAACGACGCUUUGUAUACUUUAGAUCAAUGCACAUCAACGCUUAAGCGGUGCCCUGCGGAUGAUAUGGACUUUGCAUUGAGAUAUGCGGAUCUCAUUGAGAAGCAUACUGCACAAUUUCGAGCCCAUCUCACCCAGUCCAGAGGUCUAGGUUCUGGUAACCACAGCGGGCGGGCUUCAAUUCCAAGGAAUGUGACUCAAGCGGAGACUGGUAUUGUUGGUCCAAACUCGUUCUUGUCUGGUCUGGAUUCUCAACAGCUUGGAGACGAUGGGGCGAUGAUGAACUUUGAUAUGGGGGAUACAUGGGUAUCUCUUCCAUUUGAUUCGAGCAUAGCUCCUUUUGGUGAAGGGUGUGAUCAAGUUGCUUUAGGAUUGGAUGUUGACGCUUUGAACUUCUUGUGGAGUUUACCUGAGCUGGUGCAGGGCGAGACCGGCUUCGCUUAG